UUCAGCUAAUCGCGGAGCUUCCUGGACGCGGAGACUAUUGCGCUUCCCUGAAUCGAUGUAACCCGCGAGCAGCCGCGGGGGGUGCAAGCGGUGGAUGUUGCUUGUGGGCUUUCUUCACUCUUGUCGAGGCUGCCACGGGCCUGAGUCAGUGUUGCGUCUUUGCUGCGUCUCAGGGCCGAGAGCAAGCCUUUAUUCGAUUGAUCGCACGUUUGGAGCACCGGCGAAGUUGCCGUCCGAAUCUGCCACGUGCUGCAACGAUCCUGGGACCUGGUCAGCCAGGCGACAAAUUGUCCUUGUUGGGAGCGCGGUCCUCCUCCGGAGCGACGUCAACGUCAACAUCCCCUGCAUCCUCGACUAGGACAGCCGUGACAACUGGGGGAGCUGGAAAACAAGAACGGCGGCGCGACGAAGCGGCGACUCCCACAACCAGUGGCGCGAGCAGUUGGGAUACAGAAGAGAUCCUCCAGAGGACGUCACGCAUGAAGGAUGAGUUUUUCGACUUCGUUGAUCAGGCGCGAUUUCGGAGUGUACGGGAGCUUACCCUUUUCGUUAUGACGCAUCCAACUUUUGUCGGAGGUGAUUCCCUGGAAAAGGUGCUCGAAGUCUUUUGGGCGGGUACCCUGGGCUUUGCUCGCCGCCUCUCGUCGUCCUCGUCUGGGCCCAAUGAACUAACUACGGGAUCAGGAGGGAUUGCAGUUGCAAGAGAAAUGACGGAAAACUUCGACGGAAGUGCGCGGCUUUUUGCGCUUCACGUGGAAGUUGCAGUCGCGCUACGACGGCUCCACACAGACCGCGCGGUGCUUAUGCUGGCGGAACUGCUCGACAAGACCAGACGCGUCGAGAGAAAGCUAGUCUACCUCUGCCUACUGUCUCCGCCGCGGAGUUCCACAAGCUUCGGUGUGGCCGCGCAGAGCACGAUCGAGCACACAUCGCUCCCGUCCGAAUACAAGGAAGCCUCCGGUGGGGGCGUCGACGCAACCGCUCCGGGUGCAACUGCCGGCACGCGCCACGGAAGUGGAGUGUUCGAAGAUCUGAAUAGCCAGGUUUGCCAGGGUGUGGCGAACAUGCUCGAAAGCCUUUUGCGAGACGCUCAAAAAAAUCUUGAGGCACUCCAGCAUACGAAGGAGGCCCAGCAUUGUCGAUAUGCUCCAUCGACUGACAGCACUUCUAUUUCAAUUGCGACGCCUUACCCUGUUAUUUCCGCACAACAUCGCCAAAAUCUGUCGUGGGUUUCGACAGCGCCCUCGUCGCCUGCGGCAGUGCACCACGAGCAGCAGCGGACGCCCAAAUACACGACACGACAAGACGAGGAAGAAGCACCGCCACUGUUGCUCGACCAAACAUAUCCCGGGAAGAUCGCACACGCUUGGAAGUCGUUAGUUGACGAUGAGUUUGGAGAUGAGUGUCCCCGUCUGGAACAUCAAGAGCAACCGGAGCAGGCACAAGCGUACCAGCGGGAGUGUGAGCUUGAGAAAGAUAUUCGCAUGCUGACGCAUGCGGUGGGACAGUUGUUGCGUGUUGCUCUUAGUCUGGUACUCGAGUUCGGGAGGUAUCGAGCGGAGACGGCGCAGUUGCUUCUGUACACGUUGAUCAGCACGCUUCGAGACAGUGGGUUGCCGGAAGUAGCUGUGCCCUACCUCGUUCACAUGGCUCGAGCCUACUGCAUCCCGCUGACGUCAUCGCUAAAGAAAACCUUCUGGGAAAAAAUCUCCGACGCCUUGAAUCAGAGUGACAUUGGUCGUUCCCACCUCUCCGUCUUGGAACGCGACGCGAUCAUCUUCGCUGCGGCGCAGGGCGCAGAACAAGCUGGGGAACAAGGUCCUCCCCGCGCACCGCUACAAGUUGUUCCUCCGGCUCCUGAGGGAGUCCUUUAUUUUCAGCAGCGUGGAGGUGGACCACGGGAGGGUGGAGGACCCGUGAGGCUCUUACCACGUCCUCGGCGCCAGGACGAAGUGGAUCGCGCUGCGGGGUUGGCCC